AUGAGCGACAAUAAUAAAAUCAAAUUGAGCCGUGUGUUUUGCGAUUUUCUUGUUCUGACCCUAGUUGCAAUUCCACUCUACGUCUUUCAUGAGUUCGUACCACCGGUUCGAAGGGGAUUCUACUGCGAUGACGAAACUAUUCGUUAUCCAUUCAAACAGUCGAAAGUCUCUCGACAAAUGCUCAUUGUGGUUGGACUUCUAAUUCCCAUCCUUCUUAUGCUUGCAACUGAAUUGUUUCGUACUCUUGCCUGGGAAAAGAAAUGCGAGGAGAAUUUCAAAACUUAUAAUCUUCGCAACCAUUCGGUUCAUCGGUUGAUUGUACGACUUUACUGUUUUAUUGGAUACUUCUUCGUUGGCGUUUGUUUCAACCAAUUGAUGGUUGACAUCGCGAAAUACACAAUCGGAAGACAACGCCCACAUUUUAUGGAUGUUUGCCGCCCAAAUAAGGGAUACACUACUUGCACUAACCCGGAUGAGUAUAUCACCGAUUUCAACUGCACUACUAGCGAUGCUCGUCUUAUUCACGAGGCGCAACUGUCGUUCUAUUCGGGGCACGCUGCUUUCAGCUUCUAUGCUGCGUGGUACACGUCGCUUUACCUCCAAGCCCGCUUGUUCCGCCCAUUGUUUUCCCGUCUCUUGAUUCCGGUAAUUCAGUUUAUGCUUUUCUCCGGAGCUGCCUACGUUGCCCUCACCAGAGUUUCUGAUUACAAACAUCAUUGGUCUGAUGUAUUGGUUGGAACAAUCAUGGGAAGUGCUAUUGGAAUCUUUGUGGCUCUUUUCGUCGCCGAAGUCUUCAAACGAAGAGAAAUCCCAUUGACUGCGAAUGCUAAUGAAUUUGGGCUUAUAAGAAUGGAUCGGCCGGAUGCCGUGGUUACAAGAGGAAAUGGAGCUGGAACUGUUGUAACCACCCAGCAAAUGAUUGUUACUGAGACUGACCCAGCUAACCAAAGACUUAGUCUCCGCGGUUCGCUCGUCGAUUCGAUGUCGUUCUAUUCGGCUAACACCGACUGGGAGAUCGCCUCGUCGCUUCUCGACGGUCGAAGCGCGCGGACUGAUCGUGGUGACUAUAUGUCGAUCCGAUCCGAUCCUUCUUGGAUUCCGUUGCUUGAUUAA